AUGAAGGGUCUUGAUGGAGAGAUCAAGAAGAAGGAGACGAUCUUGAAAGGUCACAGAAUAGACCUCAAGAGGAGAUCCGAGUUGGCAAAGGAAAUUAGCAAAAUAAAAUCGGAAAAUAGAGCGAAUCGCAUUAAAAAUCCAAUAGUAUCGCUAAAUAAAAUCUUCAAAAAGUCCAAACAGCGCCUUUUGGACAUUAAAAGGACCAAGUCCCUUGAAAAGAAGGAGAGAUUAUUCCCGGCAGAAAAGUAUGGACUCCUCUUUGUGGUCCGUAACUUCCGCGAAGUUGAGUCAAACGUCUCUAGAGAUGCUCUACAAGAGCUUGGCCUGCUAACAAUGAAUACCGGAAGGUUCUUUAGCAACUCUGUGGAAAACUUGAAGCUUCUGGAUAAGGUAUUGCCCUUUAUCUACUAUGGGAAGCCUUCACUUAAACAUGUCACCGAUAUAUUACACAAAAGGGGUACCGUCUACGCUCAAGGAAACAAGACUAAUCUUAUAAGUAGCAACGUAGUUGUUGAAGACAAUUUCGGCAAAUUUGGUCUUUAUAGUAUCGGAGAACUCAUUGACGCAAUUUACAAUGGCUCAGAGGGCCAUGAUGAUAUGUUGAGAAUUUUGGGACCAAUAAAACUCUCAAAGUCCGACCGACUGGAACAGUUCGUCUUCCAUCCCAUUUAUCCAUAUAAAACAUUUACACACCUUCAUGCAAAUAUAUAG